AUGGACCUUCUUGGCCUUCGACUGGGUGUUCCAUUUUCUGUGCUGACAGGAGCAGAUGCUCUGAUUUUCGAACUAUCACGUUUUAUGGGGUUCAAUCGUAAUGUAAAUACCAGAUGCAGACUGAAGGUCCUCCCAAGUGAGCGAGGGACGUACGUGUGGCUGCAAGAGUAUGCUGGAACUAUGGAGGAACUUGGCAUCAAGUGGUUGGGAACGCGUCGCGCCACGCGUACACCUGAGCAUGCAUUGCUGUUGGGCGCCGGUAACAACGCGGUCGUUGUGGCACGGUCUAAGGCCUUCGUCCACCUGAUCCCGCUAUUUCCGAACCUCCCUCUCUCACACAUUACCCCUGGGAACCCGCGCAGGAUUCUCAAGAAGCUGAUCUUCACCGGACCGACAAUUCAUUUGGUAGCCAGUUCUCUUGUCGACUCGGAGAACCGAAGUGGCAUCCCUUUGGAUGCUUAA